CACGAGCAGCUCAAGAUAAAACUAAAUACUAAAGAUGGUCAAACCGUCAGUUAGUUUACAUCGACCGAUCAGACAGAAUGGUGAAAUCCAAAAUUUUCCUUGCGUGUUUGCUGCUCACAACGUAUCUUGGCCAGUCGCGGAGUCAAAACAUUCUGGCAGCCUACAACGCUUGUCGUGGGGAAUAUGGUGUAGAUAACGAAACGUAUAAUGCCAUCAGAAGUGGAGACUUUUCAAUCAGAUCGCCAUUGAUCGAGUGUUUUGGUGAGUGCAUUGUGAAGAGAGCUGGCUUUAUGAACGAUGAUCUUAGUUUCAACCAAGAUACGAUCCAGAAAUUCGUAAGCCGUUUCAUAAGGCCGAAAUAUUCUGCAGCAGUUUAUGAAAAAUGUACCAAGGAUGUGGUUCCCAUACUAUGUAGCACGGCAUUCGAUGUGUAUCAGUGCAUCUACGAGAAUGCUGUUGCCAAAUGGGGUCAAACGAGAAGAGGAUGAGAGCUGAAUAGGUGGUGAAA